AUAUACAUAUUGAAGUAUAAAAUAUUGCAUAAAUGUAGAAAAUUUAUUAAAAUAUAAUUUGACUGCCUUUAUGUGUAAAAGUAAUAUCGACUACAUAAAGUAAAUAUUUUAAAUUCAACUAUAAAAAAUACACUUACAAUAAUUUAUAAGAAAAUAUGUUUACAACGUAUAAAUGAGAUUUACAAUGUCAUUUCAUUAGUAAACAUACCAAGAAAUUAAUUGAUUAAUAUGCAACCAACGUGCCACCAAGGAUAUUUUAAAGACUUACAGUUUAUUUGUUAAUAAAUACAUUUUGAUUGCUUAUUUGCUUGUACAUUGUAAAUAUCGAAUACGGUAAGAUAUUAAUGAUAAUAAUAAUAUGUAUCUUUGAGUAAGCUGUAAAAAAAAAACAAAAAUCCUGUUAACAAUGCGAGUACAAAAUAUAUUAAUCAGUAGCAAACUAGUUUUUUGUCAUCUUCAUCACAUAACGAAAAGAAAAAACAUAAAAACUAAAUCAUGUAUGAAGCAUAAAUUAUCAAUGCUUUAUCAAGAUAUUUCUUCAUCUUUAUUUACAAUUAUGAUAAUAUUUUCAGGUAUUUACUUAUCACGAUUGAUUAUGAUUAAAAGAAAAUUAUAUCAAAGCAUAAACGUCAUAAAAUUGAUAAAACGAUCUUCAGAGAGCAGAAAAAAUAAUAAUUAUAAAAAAUUUUUCUAAUUGUUUCGUUUUUAUUGUGUUUGUGUUAGUAAUUUAUUGGUAUUGUAAAAAAUGUCUGAAUGCACAAAACAUAGGGACACGAUUUUAACAUUAACUAGUAUUAUUGUCGCGAUUGUAAUAGGAAUUAUGUUAAAAAAUUUGACACCACAACCAUGGUUUGAUCGUGCAAUAAUGUAUUAUCAAUUUCCUGGAGAAAUUUUUCUUAGAAUAAUAAAUUGCUUGAUUUUACCGUUGAUUGUGUCAAGUAUCAUAAGUGCAAGUUGUGAUUUAAGUAAAUCAGGAAGUAUUGGGUUGAAAGCGUUAUAUUAUUAUAGUACGACAACGAUUCUUGGUAUUAUUUUAGCUGUUGUACUUACAGAAACUAUUCGCCCUGGUGAAUUUUAUUCUAAUUCUGAUUCUACUUUAAUUUUAAACAGAAAGUUUUUAACAGUUGAUACAUUUUUAGAUAUUUUACGGAAUUUAUUUUCUGAUAAUAUUGUAAAGACUUGUCUGAGUCAGUACCAAACUAUUCUGCUACCAUCCGAAAAUAUUACUGAAGAUAUACAUUAUUGGAAAAUUUCUCAUCAAUAUAAUGAUGGAGUCAAUGUCUUAGGACUCGUAGGUUUUAGUUUAAUUGUUGGAAUAGCUAUUGGAUGUUUAAAUGAUGAUGGAAAAUAUUUGGCUGAUUGUUUUAAAGCUCUCUCUCAAGCUACUAUGAUGAUGAUGAAUGGUGUUAUAAGGAUUGUUCCAUUAAGUAUUUUAUUUUUAAUACCUGGGAAAUUAUUACAAACAGAAAAUAUCCAAACUAUGUUAUCGAAUUUAGGAAUGCUCGUUAUCACAGUAAUUGUUGGAUUGCUAACUCAUAGUUUUAUUGUAUUACCUCUUUUAUAUUUUAUUUGUACACGAAAAUCACCUUUAAAUAUUUUCUCAAAAAUAGGGCCAGCUAUAAUUACUGCUAUUGGAACUUCUUCUAGCACAGCAACUGUUCCUAUGACUAUUAAGUGUCUCGAUGAUAUUGGUGUAAAUCCAAGAGUAUCAAGAUUUACGGUUCCAAUUGGUGCAACAAUAAAUAUGGAUGGUGUUGCAUUGUAUGAAACGAUUGGAGCAAUAUUUUUAGUUCAACAACGAGGAUUGCAUUUUUCAUUAUUACAAGUCAUUGCUCUAGCUAUUACCUGUACAGUAUCCUGUAUUGGAGCAGCAGGAUUACCAAAUGGUGGUUAUGCAAUGUUGAUUGUUGUACUAGAAUCUAUUGGAAUUCCUGCAGAAGAUGUUACAUUCAUUAUUAUCAUCGAUUGUUUUGUGGAUCGACUAAGAACAACAGUAAAUAUUGUAACAGACACAUUUGGUGCAACAAUCAUCAAUCAUUUGAUAGAAAACAAACCUGAUAUCGAGUUAAAUGAAGUGGAAGUUAACACUAAGAUGCUAGCAGAACAAGAUUAAUUAAUAUAUUUAAGAUACUAUCUGUUUUUUAAUUCAUCAAUAUAUUUAAAUGAGUAUUUUUUGAUGAAAUUUUAAAAAAGUAAUCUGACUUCAAACAGUUGUUUGGAGUAAAUAAUAAACAUGUUUGUAUACAUAACUCAGCUGGACAUUUUUAAGCUGUAAUUUCAUGAAACUGCAGUUUAUCAAUUUUUACUAUAGUUUGUAUAUAUAUUAUUUUUUGUAUGCGUUUAGCUUCUGCGCAUCCAAACACAAAAGAAAGGACUUUAAUAUACAAUGCGGUGUUCUAGUAAGUUUUGACGGUUUGACUAGUUUUAAACCGUCAAAAAUAGGGGUAGGUUAUAGGACAAACUUUAGAUCUGUAACGUAGUCAUCAAUUUAGCACCGAUUAGUAUUAAUAUAAAUGGACCAAUUUAAAAUAUAAAAGUAAAUAAGUUUACAAUACAAUUGUAAUCUACGCAUAUAUAUAAAAUAUAUUAACAUUGGUUGAGUAUUGAAUUGAUAGAAGUAAUUUAAACAGCAUUUUAACGGUUUGUGUACGUUAAUAAUUGUUCAGUCUACUGUUACAUUGAUGGUAAAUCAUCUUUUUACGAAGAAAUAAAUCGUAAAAUUUACAUUUCUAUACAG